CUUAUGCAGGCCGAGGGCAGUGGUGGUGGGAUAGGUUUCCUCUUCAUGUCGAAUUCGGACUACAUUGCCCAGCUCUGGAGUAGGAAGAUCGAUGCCGACGGUGUUGCCUCAUGGGUGAUCCGAAGGUCUAUCGAACUCGAUAAGGUACUUUCGCUCAAUUCAGGGAAGAAGGAGAACAUAAGGAUCGUAGGGUUUGCAGAGGACAACAACGUGGUACUCAUGGAUAUGCUAAGUGGCUUCUUCAUGAUCCAACUCGACUCACUGCAGUUCAAGAAGCUUGCCAGACCCAAGGCGGCCAUGUCCUGUUGUCAUGCGUUUGAAAGCGUCUACACUGCUGAAACAAGCAUUGGUGGUAGACAUGAUGGAGCUGAUCUUUUGCACAAUACAUAAGAUGAUUGUCCGGUCAGAUAUGCUAUGUGAUGUAC